AUGUCCCUGCUGCGCCUCUGGGCACCAGGGCUUCUCCUCACGUGGCAACCAUUGUGGCUGCUGGUCCAGGCAGCUCAGCCUCUGGAGUCGCCCCAGGACCCUCUCCAGCUGACCACUGAGCACCCAGGGCCUAUCAAGCCCUGGUCUCUGCUCUCCUCUGAACUCCCACCCUUAUCGCCCCAUGCGCUUACACCCCCGGCAGACCCGGGAGUCUUUGAUGACCUGGGGUCCUCUGCUCGCUCCCAGAUGUUGGACUCACCACGGAAGUUAACUGACAGUUUGCUUCCAUUCUUGGGCAGGGUUUCACCUGGAGAGCUGGCCCCAGAGAUGGAUCAGUUUGCUGUUCAAGAUCAGUUUGCUGCAUCAAGACAAACUAAUUCCGAAAGAGAGGCUCCCAGAAUUGGUUCCAAUAGUGCAAAAGCAGCAAAGUUUAUUGUUUCACCACUGAAUCUGAAGAAGGAUGUAGCUCAGCAUCCGAGAUUUGCUAAAGUUGUUGGUGGAACUCCAAAGCAAUUUGCAAAACUUCAGCUUCAGAACAACUUGCAGGAUGAUUAUGUGUAUCCAAGUACAGAUGUAGCUUCUUCUGGCAACCUACCUCCGGAAUCCCAGGAGAACUCAGAGGAGUCUCCAGAAACUCCUGACCAGGUUGAACCUUCUGUGGAGGCCCAAGAGACUCCUGAGGAGCUCCAGUCCUCUUCGUCCCAGCAAGAAGUUCCUGAGGACCAGGAGGCUCUAGGAGGUGAAGCAUCAAUGCAUCAUAAGCUUUCAUCUCUAAGAAGUGACACUCAGCCGGUUGUCACAAGUAAACCUGCAGAUCUGGUUACCGUAACUCCGCAGGCAGAUAAAGAGAUUCACCUUCCUUCAGGCCAGGAGCAGGCCCCAACCCAGCCUUCAGAGGGUCUUGAAGUAGUAGAACCUUCAUCAACCCAAAAAGAGGCUCCAGCUCAGACUUCAGAGCUCUCUGAACCCUCUUUAGCUGAGCAAGAGACUCCAGUUCAAGCUCCCAAGUCCCCUAUGGAGAAUAUAGCUGAAACUCUACCAACUCUACCUGUAGUUCCAUCUCUAGGUCAGGAUCAAGUUCAUUAUUAUAACUUGCCCAGUGUUACAGGUAGGCCUGCAGACGUGGAAAUUACCAUAACUUCGGAACCUACCAAGGAGGCCGAAUCUUCUCUAGCCCAGCAGGAGGCCCCAGUUCGCCAGAGGCCCAGUUCAGCCAGAGGCCCCAGUUCAGGAGGCUCCAGUUCAGGAGGCCCCAGUUCAGCCAGAGGCUCCAGUUCAGGAGGCCCCAGUUCAGCCAGAGGCUCCAGUUCAGGAGGCUCCAGUUCAGGAGGCCCCAGUUCAGGAGGCCCCAGUUCAGCCUCCAGAGUAUGUGGAGGAGGUAGAACCUUCUCUGACCCAGCAAGAGACCCCAGCUCAGCCUCCGGGCCCUCCUGUGGAGACUGA